CUGAGGAGUUUAUUCGGACGCAUGAGUCCCUGCGGCGCACGGAUUACAAUGCAGAUGCUCCUGGAGCUCUGGCUCACCUUGGUGUCCGUGUCCGCCCUGACCCGAGGGGUGUUCGCCGGGUACGGGCUGAGCAUGUUCGCGGCGCAGUCCUCUCCUCCGGACCCGUGCAGCGACGAGCACGGGAACCCGAGGAGGUGCAUCCCGGACUUCGUCAACUCCGCGUUCGGGAAGGACGUGCGCGUGUCCAGCACCUGCGGCAGCCCGGCCUCCAGGUACUGCGUGGUGGCCGAGAAGGGAGAGGACCGGUCCCGGGACUGCCACAGCUGCGACGCCCUGGACCCCAAGAAGUCGCAUCCACCCGCGUACCUCACGGACCUCAACAACCCGCACAACCUCACCUGCUGGCAGUCGGAGAACUACAUGCAGUUCCCGCAGAACGUCACCCUCACCUUGUCCCUGGGCAAGAAGUUCGAGGUCACCUACGUGAGCCUGCAGUUCUGCUCACCCAGACCCGAGUCCAUGGCCAUCUACAAGUCCAUGGACUACGGCAAGUCCUGGGUGCCCUUCCAGUAUUACUCCACGCAGUGCAAGAAGAUGUACAACCGGCAGAACAAGGCGGCCAUCACCAAGCAGAACGAGCAGGAGGCCAUCUGCACGGACUCCCACACCGACAUGCACCCCCUCACCGGGGGGCUCAUCGCCUUCAGCACCCUGGACGGGAGACCCUCCGCGCACGACUUCGACAACUCCCCGGUGCUGCAGGACUGGGUGACGGCCACGGACAUCAAGGUGACCUUCAGCCGGCUGCACACCUUCGGGGACGAGAACGAGGACGACUCGGAGCUGGCGCGCGACUCCUACUUUUACGCGGUGUCGGACCUGCAGGUCGGCGGGAGGUGCAAGUGCAACGGGCACGCGUCCAAGUGCGUGAAGGACCGGGAAGGGAACCUGGUGUGCGAGUGCAAGCACAACACGGCGGGACCGGAGUGCGACAGGUGCAAACCGUUCCACUACGACCGGCCGUGGCAGCGCGCAACGGCCCGGGAAGCCAACGAGUGCGUGGCCUGCCACUGCAACCUGCACGCCCGCCGCUGCCGCUUCAACAUGGAGCUGUACAAGCUGUCGGGCCGGAGGAGCGGCGGCGUCUGCCUCAACUGCCGCCACAACACUGCGGGACGCCACUGCCACUACUGCAAGGAGGGCUUCUACCGGGACAUGACCAAGUCCAUCUCCCACCGCAGAGCCUGCAAAGCAUGUGACUGUCAUCCGGUGGGAGCGGCAGGGAAGACGUGUAACCAGACGACGGGUCAGUGCCCCUGCAAGGACGGCGUGACAGGCAUCACCUGCAACCGCUGUGCCAAAGGUUACCAGCAGAGCCGCUCGCCCAUCGCGCCCUGCAUCAAGAUCCCAGUUGCAUCUCCCACAGCGACGUACAGCAGCUACGAGGAGCCAUCAGAUUGUGAAUCACACUGCAAAGCUUCCAAGGGAAAGAUGAAGAUCACCAUGAAGAAGUACUGUAAAAAAGACUACGCUGUUCAAGUGCACGUUCUGAAAGGAGACAAAGCCGGCGAGUGGUGGAAGUUCACCGUCAACAUCAUCUCCGUGUACAAGCAGGGCGAGCACCGCAUCCGCCGCGGGGACCAGCUGCUGUGGGUCCGCGCCAAGGACGUGGCCUGCAAGUGCCCCAAGAUCAAGCCCGGGAGGAAGUACCUGCUCCUGGGCACGGACGAGGAUGACUCCCCCGGGCAGAGCGGCGUGGUGGCGGACAAGGGAAGCCUGCUCAUCCCCUGGAAGGACCUGUGGGGCCGGCGGCUGAGGAAGUUCCAGCAGCGCGACAAGAGGGGGAAGUGCUAA